UAAAUGAAGUGGGGUCCACUUCUAGUUAGCCACCAUGGAAUUGUGUGUUGGGGGGUGGGGUAAGUAAGAAAUACUUUUGGGAGAGACAAGAAGAGAAGACUCAAACAUAGUAAUAAUUGCAGUGAGCCUAUGCAAUAUAUACAGUCAGAAGCUUUUCUUUUAAGUUCUUUCUCCAUUAACAACCAUUUUUUAACAGCACAAUAAAUUCUUUGUGUUUUUGUCCCAAGAUUUGCUUUGUAUAGUUUAUUUUUUUGUUUAAUCCAAAGUAAAGUUUCAAUCUUUGGUUCAAACUCUGCUCUUUUUUCAACCCUUUUGUUCUCUCACAGCCUUAAACUCUGGUUCUUGCUUAAAGAAUUUCCAUUUGUUAUAUACCGAGGAAGGUAAUGCAUUAUGUCACAGUGAUGAAGGGGAACAAGUUUACUUGAUCUAUAGAAUUGAACAGCAACUGCAAUAUGGAAUUGUUCCUCGCAAUUCUGAUAUUAGCAUGUCUCUACUCAUUUGUUUCACCUGAUUUCCAGGGAGAUGCACUGUCUGCGUUGAAGAGUUCACUAAAUGCUUCUAGUGAUCAACUUUCUGAUUGGAACCAGAAUCAAGUUAAUCCAUGCACUUGGUCAAAAAUCACUUGUGACGAUAACAACAAUGUCAUGAUGGUGUCGUUGUCAAACAUGGGGUUCACUGGCACUUUAACUCCAAGAUUAGGUGUUCUAAAGCAUCUUAAUACUCUUUCCUUGCAAGGAAAUGGAAUAACUGGUAACAUUCCUGAAGCGCUAGGAAAUUUAACCAGCUUGACCAUGUUGGAUCUGGAAAAAAACCGUUUGUCUGGAGAAAUACCAGCUUCCCUAGGCCAUCUAAAAAAGCUUCAAUUUCUGUUUUUGAGUCAAAACAAUCUGACUGGGACUAUCCCCGAGUCACUUUCAGGCCUUCCCAACUUGAUUAACCUUCAGCUUGCUUUAAAUGAUCUUACUGGAAAAGUUCCUGACAGUUUAUUCCAAGUCCCGAAAUACAAUUUGCUUAUUAGUUUUUCAGAGAACCAUUUGAAUUGUGGCUUAAACUUCAGUCAUCUUUGUGUAUCUGACAGUGAAGGUUCUCCCAGUAAAUCAAAGACUGGUCUCGUAAUUGGUAUUGUUGGUGGAUUUCUUGGAAUUAUCCUCCUUGGAGGAUUUAUGCUAUUUUUCUGGCGGGGAAGACACAAAGGCUACAAACGUGAAAUCUUUGUUGAUGUUGCAGGUGAGGUUGACCGGCGAAUUCCAUUUGGUCAAUUGAGGAGAUUUGCAUGGAGGGAAUUGCAACUUGCUACCGAAAACUUCAGUGAAAAGAAUGUUCUUGGACAGGGAGGUUUUGGCAAGGUUUAUAAAGGAGUGCUCAGUGACAGCACUAAAGUUGCUGUGAAACGCUUAACUGACUAUGAGAGCCCUGGGGGAGAUGCUGCAUUUCAACGUGAAGUUGAGAUGAUUAGUGUUGCUGUUCAUAGGAAUCUUUUGCGCCUUAUAGGAUUUUGCACCACACCGACUGAACGAUUGCUAGUAUACCCAUAUAUGCAGAAUCUAAGUGUUGCCUAUCGUCUACGAGAACUUAAACCUGGGGAGUCUGUUCUAGUUUGGCCAACCAGAAAGCGUGUGGCACUGGGCACUGCACGUGGACUUGAAUACCUGCACGAACACUGUAAUCCAAAGAUUAUUCACCGUGAUGUUAAAGCAGCUAAUGUUUUGCUAGAUCAAGAUUUCGAGGCCGUAGUUGGUGAUUUUGGCUUGGCAAAGUUAGUUGAUGUUAGAAAAACCAACGUGACAACUCAAGUUCGAGGUACAAUGGGCCAUAUAGCUCCUGAGUACUUGUCCACUGGGAAAUCAUCAGAAAAAACUGAUGUUUUUGGAUAUGGAAUCAUGCUUUUGGAGAUUGUAACUGGUCAACGCGCAAUAGACUUCUCACGCCUGGAAGAAGAAGAUGAUGUCUUGUUACUUGACCAUGUCAAAAAACUACAAAGGGAAAAAAGGCUGGAUGCUAUUGUUGACCGAAACCUACAUAGGAACUAUAACAUGGAUGAAGUAGAGAUGAUGAUUCAAGUUGCAUUGCUAUGCACUCAAGGAUCGCCAGAGGACCGUCCAGCAAUGUCAGAGGUCGUACGAAUGCUGGAAGGAGAAGGGCUUGCUGAGCGGUGGGAGGAAUGGCAGCAUGUCGAAGUUACACGUAGGCAAGAAUACGAUAGGCUACAACGACGAUUUGAUUGGGGCGAAGAUUCAAUCUAUAAUCAAGAUGCCGUCGAGUUGUCUGGUGGAAGAUAACAAAAUCUGUAAUUCCGAUCAAGUACAUAAUUCCCUGUUAUAGUCUUUGUUGAUGCAUAGAACUGGUUGCUAAAUGGCAAGCAAUCCAUGUUUUAAUAUUGCUUGUGCAUUAUCUUGAUUGUAUCUUUUUUUCCUAUACUUCUCUUAUUUAAUCAAUUUUUUUUCCUGUAUGGUUGUCCCGUCCAAAGACAUAUCGACUUUCUUUUUGUUUCUUCUUUUUUCAUUUUCCCCCUCCUUUCUCAAGAUGUGGAAAUUGUAACAUCAAUCUUUGUUAUAGUGAUUGAGUUUUGCUCUAA